UGAUUGGAUGAGAGUCUGGCUUGGCAUUUUGUAGGUAGAAAUCUCCAGUAGCCAAGGGAGAAAGGCGUCGACAGAUUCAAUUGGUUUUGGGAAUCUGAUUUCUGAAUUCUGAAUUCUGAUAAUACCAGCAAAAGGAUUUUCUGAAUUUCUGAUCAAGUUUCUCAGCCUCAGCCCUCAGGACCAAAGAUGAAGGCUGCUCUACCUUUGCUAGCAUAUUUGGUGGCUUUGUUGCUUGCCUCUCAGAUUCCUUCAGGGCUUACGAUGCCCUCCACUUACAACACAGUGCCAGCUUUCCUCUGGUCACCGCACUACCAUCAAGUCAAGGCAGCCAUUAAUUACCAGACUAUCUCUCCGAAGGAUUUAGCAAAGUCUGUGCUUUCAGAAGGGGGCUGGUCGAACUUGCUGUGCCCUAGCAACGAAGUUCAUCAGCCUUUGGACCUUGCUCUUGUCUUCGUUGGUACAGAGUUGCAAUCUUCGGAUAUUUCUGCAAGCAAACAUGCUGAUCCAGCUCUUGUGGACUUACUCAAAGUCUCUUUCACACAAUCAAAUUUCUCCAUGGCAUUUCCCUAUAUUGCUGCAUCAGAGAAGGAUGCUAUGGAAAGUUCUUUAGUGUCAGGGAUGUCAGAGAUCUGUGGGCAGAAUUUUGGAUUCAAUAAUGUUCGUUUCUCGGAGUCAUGCUCUGUGGACAGUGAUAAUGUUCAAAAGCUUUCAGACCUGCAUUCGGUCCAUGAUUAUCUUCUUUCGAGGAUGGAGAAAAGAUCAAGUGGGGAAGCAGAUUUGGUGGUGUUCUGCCACAAAGGAUCUGAUUCUUCAAAGGAACUAGAACACCCACAUUCAGAGAGUGAAAUUUUCUCUGAGAUUAUUAGUUCUGUGGAUCAGUCUGGGGCAAAAUAUGCCGUUCUGUAUGUUUCAGACCCCAUUAAAUCAAUCCAAUAUCCUUCUCAUCGAGAGUUAGAAAGGUUUCUCGCUGAAAGUGCCUCAGGAAAUGCAUCAGCCAAUUCGACAGCCUGUGAUGAAGUUUGUCAGAUCAAAUCAUCACUUCUGGAGGGACUUCUAGUUGCAAUUGUUCUGCUUAUAAUCUUAAUAUCAGGCAUCUGCUGUAUGAUGGGCAUUGAUACUCCCACGAGAUUUGAGGCACCCCAAGAGUCUUAACUUAUUGCACGUGCAUGAUUUCUCUUAUCUGCUGUGGUGCUGGGUAUUGUUGGGUUUCACUGGUUUGAGCAUCACUCAAAGCAGUUGCUUGUUAUAUAUAGUUGCAGCAGGUGGUUGUUGCCUUGUAAUAUUGCUCAGGGUCAUUCUAUUUUGUUGGUAAUAAUGCAAUAUUUCGUCAAGAUUGCAUGUCCCUUUUAGGUUAGUUUGUAGAAGAAUGUGUAUCUUCAUGGUUAUGGUUUUGACUUGCCUUUGUAAUUGAAUAACUACUGAAUUUUUUUUUUUUAUCAUUUGUUAUGAUAGGGACGAAAAACAGAAUAACAUAUCAUCGCCUUUUUCAUUGUUCAA